AUGGGCGGCCGUGAGAGCCCCGCAUUCUUCUGCGCUGCUUUCCGACUUAGUAAUGUGCGCGCGAGCGCAGACCACGCCCCCGCCGCGGGUCCUCUUCGUCACGCAGUGACUCUCCACGACCGCACUGUUCGCUUCCCAGGCUCCCUCUUGUACGUUCUCGCGGUCUCCGCCGCGACCCUGUGCAUGGCAGACCGCGCGCCCCGUCGCGAGUACUUUCGGACAAAGGACACUCUCGAAUGGAAGAAUCCGAGUGUGCUGAACAGACGCAGCUCCUGGAGCGUGCGCGGGAUACGGCCGAACUUGGUCUCGCGCGUCGACCCUGUCUCUGUCAUCACAAAGGGACUCUUCACGUGCAACGCGCUCAGAGUAGCAGGUCCAGGGCCCAUGCACGAACUGGGCGCGGCCGGUGGAUUAUAUCUGACGUCUCGGCGCGCGCGGGCGCACCGCCUGUCUCCUAACAGGAAAAUCGCCUGCGGUUACUUUGUGCCCGACGGUGCGGACACCGACGCUAUCGUGCGCCUUGGACGGCAGAUCGCGCCGAGGCCGAUUCUUCUCGGGGACUUAACCUGUCGACUCAGCACCGGGUCGCUCGGUUGCAAGGUACGCUGCUCGGCCCAAUUGGCAGAUGCCCGAACCGAUCUCGGUCCCUCGAUGUCCCCAGCACCAACGGUGUGGACGGGGUCCAUGGCCGGCGCUGGCAGUCCCGGUCUCCUCGUGCCAGGCAAAGAUGGCGGAGGCGAUCUGCGGGGCCUCGAGAGCGCCUGGGGCCCGAUCUUCCGCGCGGUGCAGACCGUUGCGGUGCCGCUCAUCCUCGCCUACGUCGUUCGCUUGUUCUGGCCUGAGCAGACCGUCGAAGAGACUCCGGGUUCCCUCUACCGGCCGCUGCUAGCCGAUAUCGACUUCGUUCCCAGAACGCUGCCUGUAACCUUCCGUGCCGACGUUCCCGAACUCGCCCCCUACGAACGCGUCUCCGUCGUGCAAAACAGCACUGGGCCUGCCGACACUACUGCCGUGAUACUAAACUGGUCGCGCUUCCCGAACGUCUUGCUUAUCACUUCUCUGCUCUGCGGACCUUGGCUGGACAACACCAUUGCACAGGUGUACAUAUGGAACAACCACCACAAGCCGCUCUCCUAUGAAGACUUGAAGAACACCGGCUGCCCGCGCUCGAAGCUGCGCAUCCACAACGCGCCCGCGAACAAGCUCUUUCAGGGGCGCUACCUCGCGUGCGCCCAGGCUGAUACACCGUACUGCUUCAUCCAAGAUGAUGACUUCCUGAUCCGCUCAGAGAUCAUUCAAACACUCCGCGCACGCAUCGCAGAGCCAGGCGCAUCUGGAGCUAUACACCUGCUGCCGCCGGACCAGCAUCUUUCGACGGCGCUGCGCGAGGUCCACGUUAGGUCGCCGGAUGCAUCCCAUCUCGCGGACAUCCACACCUCCUUCGCUUGGUUAGGCUACGGGGCGAUGCUGCGCCGGUCCGAGGCCCAGCGGUUCCUCAAUCUCAUGCGAUAUCUUAGGGCCGCCGAUGAUGAGAUGAAAAUGGCGGACAACUUCUUUACCAUCCUGAGCAACCGCGUGCCCGAGGUGUGGUUCGACCAGAACUUUGAACUCGGCGGAGGUCACGCCUUUACGGUCGGCUCGGAAGGCGAUGAGCGGAACAAGGACUAUACGCUCAGGGCCACGCGAUACCUGGAGUCGCUGACACACUGUGGCCAUGCCUCAUGCGACGAUUCUACGGUCGACAAAGACCUGCCACGGCCCAGGCCGCCAUACGUGACCCUCGACGGGCCAUAUACCCCUUCCGGGCAGACCCACGCAGCAUGCCGUGGGUCCGCAUGUGUCCUGGAAACUAAUAUCCGUUUAGCACCCGAGACUAUCUCUCAUUUCGCCACGAACGUCAACGAUAUCUUGACCCUCGAACGCCGCAACUCCGACAUCUUAGGCGAGGCCGGGAAGUCCAAUUACCUCGAGCACGCGCCGUCCAACGCCGUCGACUUGAAAGCCGAGACGGUGUUCCGGAGCUUCGCACACGCCGCGGAGGGCGACACGCUCUCGCUCGACAUUCUCACGGACAUCAGCGACGCGCGCGAAUGGACAGCGGUCGAACUUGUGUGGCUCGUGGGCGCCGCCACGGAGGACAUCCUGCAGGCGUGCACGUUCGAGUGGUCAUCUGACAACGUCACCUGGCACGCCGCCGCACAUAACCCCAUUUGCUACGCCACCACUCGUGAGGCGAAGAUCGGGGACGAACAGGUGCCGCUGAGCGAGUGUAGCGUGCAAAUGGUGCUCGGCUCUAGUGCGCUGCACCUGCGGGCGACCGGCCGCUAUUACAGGGCUCGGCUGGGUGAAGACAAGUCGGCGAGAUGGGUGGUGGCGGAGGUGUGGCUGCGGGGUCUGUAGGAUGGCAACAGACAAUCAUUGGAUAUAGACGUGCCGGAGGAUUUAGAUGUAGGCCAUGGAUGUCGGAGGACCUCUCGACUUCGCCGGUCGCUGCAAUGCUCGCUGCUCGCGUGCUAUUGGGUAGAUAAGAAGGGCGCUGUUAACGCGUGUUUAUAAUUUGCUUUGCGACACUCUUGAUAUUAUUAGCGGACGUAUUAG